AUGGACAGUUUAGAAGCAGCACUGUUAGUUCAUGCACACCAUGCCCUGAUGUGAAUUGCAAUCAAUGUGCAGAUAGUGGAAGUGGGAAUACUUGCAUUCAAUGUUCAAAAACCUUUACCGUUACAUCAAGACUUAAAGUGAAGAAAACUUCUUGCUGUGACGAAGGAAAAUUUAGAAGCAGCACUGUUAGUCCAUGCACACCAUGCCCUGAUAUUAAUUGCAAAUACUGUGAAGAUAGUGGAAGUGGGAAUAAUUGCCUUCAAUGUGCAAAGACCUUAA